CAGCUCGAUACUCACUGAUCUUAUGAUCAGGGGAUCGGUUUCGGUCACUUAGGUACAUUCUUUUAUGUAUCGAGUCUAAAUGGAGCUCCAGCGACUUCGAAGUCUCCAUGUGGUGUUGAUGUCAGAGGAGAGCGAGGUGUUUGACGUGCUGAAGGAGGCUGGUGUUGCGCCUGGGGAUCAUCUGGCUGAGGUGCAGAGGCUGCCAGGAAGGAGGGUAGAUGUGACCUUUACCACAGAGAUGGCGAGGAAGCAGUUUCUACCGGUGCUUCAGGCAGACCAACGAGUCGUCGUGACGUCAUAUUCCAGUCCUGCCAAGGUUGUCACCGUGCUACAUGUGCCCCACGAGGUGGAUGACAACAAGGUGCGUUUUGUCCUGAACCGCUACGGCAAGGUGUUGGCUGGAAGGCGGCUUGAGUACCGAGAGUACCCCGGUGUGUUCAAUGGUGUACGGCAAUAUAGAGUUGAGCUCAAUAAGGAUGUCCCAUCUUCUCUGAGCUUUGGCGGCCGGGACUGUUGGGUGCGCUACGACGGGCAGCCUCGUACAUGCUUGAGGUGUGGUUUCGGCGGUCAUUUGGCGAAGGAGUGUAAAGUUGUACGGUGCUUUAAGUGCCAGAAGGAAGGGCAUGUGGCAGCAGGAUGUAAGGAGCAGCCCACGUGUACGAUCUGCGGGGAGUCUGGGCACUCCUUUAAAGUAUGCCCAAUUUCAUUUGCUCAAAAAUUGCGUCAGUCCAGCGGGUGGGUAAGCGGAGGAGGUGUCGCGACGCCACCUGAGUUGGAAGUGCCACGUGAUGUGCCUGCUGAGCGGGCUGCACCGCCGGAGCCAGAUCCAGUUGAUGCGCCUGCUGAGCAAGUUGCACCGCCAGAGCUAGAGCCGGAACCAGAGCCAGCUGAUGUUCCUGCUGAGCAAGCUGCACCGCCAGAGCCAGAGCCAGAGCCAGCGCCAGCUGAUGUGCCUGCUGAGCGGGCUGUAUCGCGGGAUGUGCAUGUGCCGGAAGAACCGGGCACGUCAUAUAUAGUAGACGAGAUUUUUGACUGGUCCUUAUCAAAGCUCGACCAGGAUAGUCAGGUUUCUUUGCCUAGCCAGAUGUCGGAUGUACAUACGGACGACUCAUCAUGGGAGACGGUGCGGCGUGGUGUGAAGCGUCGGUCUUCUGUUUCACCCCGGAGACGCUCCAGAUCGUCACAUGGCCGCGGAGGCAAUGAAGCGAAAGAACUGGUGGCAGAGACCCAGAUUAUGAAGGAGAAGCAAAGAUGGAUUUCGUGUAAAGCGGAGAAGUGUACUCAUGACUUUAUGAAGUACGAGAGCUUUCUGUGCCAUAUGAGGGACCGGCACAACGAACUAACUAUUAGCAGGUACGCAUGCCCCCUUAAGUCUUGCAAAGUUACGUGUAAUACUCCUAAGGAGUGGUUGAAUCAUUUGGCGGGGCGGCAUCCUCAGUAUGUGUCCAUUCACAACAUAGACUUUUUCGAUAGAUAUUUUUUAUUGGAAUGAUUUGAUUUUGGUGCGCUCCUC